AUGGAGGACGUGCCUGUCUGGUUCGUCUCACUAGCGUGCCUUGGCGCGCUGUACAUCGCCGCCAUCUGCGGCCGCCCCCUCGCCUACCUGGUGUUGUGCCUGCGCCGUCCGAAGGACCUCCACCGCUACGGCUCAUGGGCCAUCGUCACUGGCCCGACUUCCGGGCUCGGCCGGUCCAUGGCCAUGGAGCUCGCGCGACAGGGCCUCAACCUCGUCCUCCUCGACCUCAACUCCGACAACCUCAGGGAGACCUCCGACGCCAUCAAGUCCCUCCACCCCGUGAAGAUAAAGACGGUGGUUCUAGACCUCUCCCUCAUCGCCACCCCUGAAGGCGACGCGGCGAUCCGGCGGCUGCGGGAGGCGAUCGAGGGGCUGGACGUGGGGAUGCUGGUGAACAACGCGGCGGUGAACACGCGCUGGCGCGGUGUACCUGCACGAGGCGGACAUCGAGCGGUCACGGCCGCGGUACUGCCGAGGAUGCUGGCGCGCCGGAGGGGUGCCAUCGUUAACGUUGGCUCGGGCUCCACGGUGGCCGUCCCGUCCUUCCCUCUGUACACCGUCUACAGCUCCACCAAAAAGUACGUCGCUCAGCUCUCCAGAAGCCUUUACGUCGAGUACAAGAGCAAAGGAAUCGACAUCCAAUACCAGGUGCCGUUCUACGUGCACACGCGCAUGCUGUCGAGCGCCGUGAAGGCCAAGCUCCGGCCGUGGUUCGUGGCGACGGCGGACGAGUACACCAGCACGGCGGCGCGGUGGAUCGGGAACGGCCCGCUGUGUGUUCCGGGCGCCGCCCAGAAGCUCCAGUGGUGCCUCACCGGCUUCGUGCCGGACUGGGUCCACGACUGGUACCGGAUUCGCCUGCACCUGCAGCACAGGGCCGUCCUCCGCGGCGGCGGUCGUCGAGCCGUGAUCGCCAACAACGCCCAUCCACGCGGCGAGCAGGCCGGAACACCACCCAACGCCAAUGCAUCAGUUGCAGUUGGGCAAAACAUCAGUGGCUAG